UUACAAUUGUACACGAAGAAGAUCUUCCCUUUUUAUUAGCUUCUUUUCUAAAAAAUAAAAAAUAAAAAAAAACCCAAAUUUCAAUGAAUUUUACUUCUCCAUUGGAAUUGGAAUUGGAGAAAUCCAUAUUUAUUGUGUAAUCUGAUGAAUUUGGUCAUCUUUUCGUAUGAUGAUACAGUAUAAGAGUCAGGAAUUCGACAGCUAAGCCAAUUCCUGGGAUUAAAAACCAGAGCACCAAAAUUUGUAUAUAUUUUUGGCUGAUGAAUUAAAUGCUGUUUUAAGUCAGCAUUUAAAUUGACAGAAGAUUACAUUUAAAUUGACAAUCACCCAACACCUUCCAUAGUGGGAUUUCAACCUGAAAAUCUCACAAAUUUGUGAGAAAGAAAGCGAACCCUUUUGUUGUUUUCAUGAUUGUUUGGGCUUGAUAAGAUAGAAAUCAAGAAACCUCGUUUACAGAGGUGUCACAUUCAUUGAACGUGGACGAUUUUGUUGUCUCUGGGAUUUUUUUUUUUUUCUUUCUUUCUGGGUUGGCGGAAUAGUUUUGCUGUUUGAAGGAAGAAGACGAGGACCAUUGAGCGUGGGAAUGAGAAAAGGCAGGUUUUAAGGGAUACAAAGUGGGGCCAAAAGCACCGAUUUUGAUCUCUCCUCCCCACUAUCUGUGGUGUUCACAGAAACGCACUCAGGUGAUCUGUUUCCUGGUUUAUAACCAAUAACGUUACUAGACUUGUCUCUGAUGGGUCAUAAUGGUGACACUGGAAGUGAAACAAAAGAGAUGGAUGUUAGAAGUGUUUCAUCCUCACGACGUCAGAGCAUACCUUACAUCCAUAAGGUUGGAGUUCCGCCAAAACAAAACCUCUUUACCGAGAUUAAAUCCACAGUGAAAGAAACAUUCUUUUCGGAUGAUCCCUUCAAACCAUUUAAGGAUCAGCCGAAGUCCCGGAAAUUGAUCCUUGGAGUGCAGGCUGUCUUCCCAAUUUUAGAAUGGGGCCGACAUUACAAUCUUAGUAAAUUUAAGGGUGACCUCAUUGCUGGGUUGACUAUUGCUAGUCUCUGCAUUCCUCAGGAUAUCGGUUACUCGAAGCUUGCCAAUCUGGCACCUCAGUAUGGACUAUAUUCCAGUUUCGUCCCACCUUUGAUUUACGCUUUCAUGGGUAGUUCUCGAGAUAUAGCCAUUGGGCCAGUAGCUGUAGUAUCUCUCCUGCUAGGGACCCUGCUGCAGAGUGAGAUCGAUCCAACCACAAAUCCAGUUGAAUACCGGAGGCUGGCGUUCACGGCUACCUUUUUUGCGGGGAUCACUCAAGUCUCACUUGGUAUCCUCAGGCUGGGCUUUCUAAUAGAUUUCCUAUCCCAUGCUGCUGUUGUUGGCUUUAUGGCUGGUGCUGCAAUAACAAUUGCCCUCCAACAACUGAAAGGCUUUCUAGGCAUUAAGGAUUUUACUAAGAAAACUGACAUCAUUUCAGUGAUGCGAUCAGUUUUCAGUUCAGCGCACCACGGAUGGAACUGGCAAACCAUUGUUAUCGGAGCUACUUUUCUUGCUUUCCUUCUAGUUGCAAAGUACAUCGGAAAGAAGAACAAGAAAUUCUUCUGGGUACCUGCAAUAGCACCCUUGAUUUCAGUCAUCCUGGCCACCUUUUUUGUGUAUAUUACCCAUGCAGACAAGAAGGGAGUUCAAAUUGUGAAACACAUAAAAAAAGGAAUCAAUCCUUCUUCUGUAAAUGAAAUAUAUUUUACUGGCGAUAAUCUUCUAAAAGGAAUUAAGAUAGGAGUUGUGGCAGGAAUGAUUGCAUUGACGGAAGCUGUUGCAAUUGGGAGAACAUUUGCUGCCAUGAAGGAUUAUCAGCUGGAUGGAAACAAAGAAAUGGUGGCGCUCGGAGCAAUGAAUGUUGUUGGAUCAAUGACAUCCUGCUAUGUAGCAACAGGUUCAUUCUCGAGAUCGGCAGUUAACUAUAUGGCUGGAUGCCAAACUGCAGUUUCUAACAUCAUCAUGUCCGUGGUGGUUUUCCUGACAUUAAUGUUCAUUACCCCCCUUUUCGAGUUCACGCCAAAUGCCAUCCUCGCUUCCAUCAUUAUCUCUGCUGUCAUUGGCCUAAUAGAUUAUGAUGCAGCAAUUUUGAUCUGGAAAAUCGAUAAAUUUGAUUUUGUCGCUUGUAUGGGAGCCUUUUUUGGGGUUGUUUUUGCUUCUGUUGAGUGGGGGCUUCUAAUAGCGGUCUCAAUAUCUUUUGCUAAAAUUCUCCUACAAGUUACAAGGCCCCGAACAGCCGCUCUUGGAAGAAUUCCUCGGACUAAUGUAUACCGGAAUAUUCAACAAUAUCCUGAAGCCAGUAAAGUUCCAGGUCUCCUGAUUGUGAGGAUUGAUUCUGCUAUUUACUUCUCAAAUUCCAACUAUGUUAGAGAAAGGAUACUAAGAUGGUUGACUGAUGAAGAAGAGCAUCUGAAAGAAGAAGGGCUUCCUGCAAUUCAAGUUCUUAUAGUCGAAAUGUCACCUGUUACAGACAUAGACACAAGUGGCAUACAUGCUUUGCAAGAAUUGCAUAGCAGUCUCCAAAAGAGAGGAAUUCAGCUGGUACUAGCCAACCCUGGAAGAGUGGUGCUUGACAAAUUACAUGCUUCUAACUUUGUGAGUUUGAUUGGGCAAGACAAGAUCUUUCUCACAGUAGCUGAUGCAGUUCUCACUUGUUCACCAAAACUAGUGGAAGAGGUCUAAAAAAGCCAUCUUCUUUAUAAGUGUAAAUAGAAAUGGAAUUUUAAUCAUAAUGUGAGAUGUAUUCAUUCAUAUAGAGAGAUCAGGCCUAUCUUGAUGAUGCUGCAGGCCAUUUCUGUAAUGGAUUGUGGGGAUCAGUAGAAAAAAGUAAGUUAUCUGUAGUGGAUAGUGAAAUCUUGUCUAAAAUCAGAAAAAAGCGCUAGUAAGAAAAAAGAGAUGCAAAUUGCCAAUUUCUUUGUUUCCUUCUAUUCUUGCC